CUUUUAGCCACUGGUUCCUCUGUGAUGUCACGAUGACUGCAAACAGGAAAUGCUGAGCGAAAUGCACAGAAAGGGAACGGAGACACAAUAAUGUGCUUGUGAAAGGGGAGAAUGCAGGCGACAGAAAGGGAUGCCACUUCGAUGGGUGGAUCAAGCUGUUCGGAGGGUAGCCCAACCAUGUCAGAGUCACGAGCGGAGUCUCCACAAAGCACUACGAAGUCCCAGUCAUUUGAUCUCUUCAAUUUAGUUGUUUCGUACAAGAGAAUAGAAAUGUAUCUGGAGCCCGUCAGGGAUACUUGGGACGGAAUCAAAUACUUGUUAAGGUGGCAGAUGCCCAUUUUUUCCUUUUGCACAUGUCUUACAUUAACUAUUUUGCUACUCACACUAAAUGAAGUGGCAUGGUUCUCAGUGGGAGCUCUAAUUAUCUCCAUUCCUGCACUGAUUGGAUAUCUGCAAGAGAUGUCACAAGUACACUUACCCGAACCAGAUCUUACUCGGAGGAAAUAUUACAGCGUUCGGCGUGAAGAACUCCAAAAAGUGAAACUUUCCCGCCAGGAAGCUGUAGCAGAGUUUAAAUUCUUUUUAAUUCACCUCGAGAGCAUAUUGAAUACGAUCUGUGGGAACUGUGAGAAAGUCUACCAAGUUCUUUACUGGCAGAAUCCAUCCACAUCAGCUCAGUUUUACGGGUUAUUGCUGGGCUCGGUUUGCAUUCUUUACCUAUUGCCCUUGUGCUGGGUUCUGGCCAUUGUCAACACCACUGUUUUUCUGAGGAACGCGGACUUUUACAGAGUUGUAGCAGAAUAUAGAGCAUCUUUGCAACAGAGAAGCAACACUGAGAAUUCAACUUUAAAGUCAUUGCAAGAAACUCAAGAGGCAGAAAGUGGCCCUGUUUCUGAUCGCUCCCCCACACCACUUCACACCACCUCCGAGUUCUCCUCCUGCUCGGACAGUCCAGAUUGUACAAGCCAUAAACUGGACCUCUCACCAGGGAGUGUGGAAGAAGCAGAAGAAGCUGAGCCAGAUGAAGAGUUUAAAGAUGCGAUUGAGGAACAACAGCUGAUUACAAUGGAGGAUGACGAUGUAUCACAGGGCACUGUAGAAUACGACUUAAACCUCCAGGACAACGGAUUCCUCAGUAAAAAUGAGGUCAUCAAAAGCAAAGUCUCCAAACUCACAGAACGGCUCCGUAAACGGUAUCCUGCCAACAACGUAGGUGUGUGUACAGGAUGCAAUGCCACCUUCUCAGUACUGAAAAAGAGGCGAAGCUGUAGUAAUUGUGGAAAUAGUUUCUGUUCGAGAUGCUGUUCUUACAAAGUUCCAAAAUCUGUUAUGGGAGCCACAGCUCCCGAUGCACAGAGAGAAACUGUGUUUGUGUGCGCUGUUUGCAAUCAGGCGUUAAACAAGUAAGAAUUGGAUAAUCUCUGUGGACACCAAACACAAUACGUUCCUCAACCCUCAGUUAAGCUUAGAAUGAUCUACAGGAAAUGGCAUCUCAGUUGUAAGAGUGUAAUUACACUAAAAACUGUCCGUCUCGUGCACCGAGGACCCUUACACGCUUUCUGUUUAGCUAUUUAGAUGCAUAUUCUGUAUGCUCUAAAGCGGUUGGAUCAUGUAGUGAAACCAAUCCUAGAACUUUGGUGAAGAUGCAUAAGGAAUACAGAUUAUUUUCAUAGCUGCUUAAAAAAAAAACCUGUUGUAAAAUAAUAUUGACAUUCAGUUAAAUGCCCAAUUAAAAUGGCGUUGAUGAGGUGAGAUCGCAUUGUGGUCCAGAUUUGUAGACUAGAAGAGAAAGUCAGCCCGCAGAACGGUUCCAUGUAUGCUAACGAAGCUGAUUGCUCAUAUAUGAACUCGAGGGAUGUGUUGGUAAGGUUGCAGGAAUGAUAUGGGCUUAUGGAGAUUGAUCUCCUGUUUCAGGCCCGGAUAAGCAGUCAUUGAAGAAUCGAACCUACAACCUUGUGAAUUGAAGCCUAUCAUUUUCUGCUAAUGUGUCUUGAAUGCCUGGAUCCCUCUUUGCACAUCAGUGUCAGUUGGUUAAUAGCCUUUCAGUAAAGUUGCAGUGUAUGCAAGAGUUUUGUAGAUGAAUUGAGGCUAUAUGAGCUCCGUCUAUGACCUGUAAUUAUUCCAGUGGCUGUCAUUUUUCUGACUUCAGAUAGCAAAAUGCAGAGCGGACAAGAUGUAAUUUUUGAAAAAAAAUUUUUUUGCUGGCACGCAACAGAAAUGUUUAUUGCUCAAUAUUAACUCCAUCUGAGCUGGAGACAUUGGUUUCCAAAUUAAAAAAAGGUUAGGAAAUCCAUGAAAUACCAUUGAGUAAAAUGUUGCCUGACAAACGGUAUAUAUUUUCUUUUGUUAAAGUCUAAUUGUUAAUUAAUAUUGGAAUGAUAUCCUACUGCUAUAAAACUAUUUUUUUCUAGAGCUUUAGGUGUCGAGCUGUUUUUUUGAAACACAUAAAAAACGUAUGGGACUAUGUGCAAUGGUUGCCGACACAUUAAAUACAUAGGAUUGUUGCCUUAAAUGAGUGCUGAUUUUAUAUACGAGGACUGAGGGUUUAACAAAUCUUGCAAUGGCUGUUCAGGCCAACCUAGGACCCCGCAGUUAUAGCUAAUGUUGUCUUUGUUUAAUAGAGAGAGGGAUGCUUUGUUAUUUUGUGUGCGUGUCAUGGUACAGCAGGAAUAUGCACAAAAUAAUGAGUUGUACGAAAUGUGUGUGUGUGUGUGUGUA